AUGUCGAGCUCAACCCCAACCCCUCGACGGCCGCGGCCGCCGCCUCCUCCUCCGCAGCGGCCGCCUCCUCUACGACCCCGGCCUCCUCCCUCACGCCGCGACUACCGCAAGGGCAACUGGACGCGUCCAAGAACCCUAACCCUCAUCACACGCCAAGCCCUCGACGACGACCGCGCUCCUCCUCCUCCUCCAACCCACCUCCGUCUCCGGCGGCGGCGCCCCCCGCUCCGCAGAACAGCCUGGAAGUGGGUCGAGAACUACUGCUGGCAUCAGAACUGUCUCCGCUCGCAAAACCAGUGCAAUGAUAGGGACAACCUCCUCCGGGACAGCAAGAAGGUCCGAGACUACGAGUCGAGGCCCAAGGCGCGACGAGGCCCGGCCCAGCUACUGGUCAUGGACCGCCACGAGCGGAAAGAGAAGAAUCUGCCGACGAAUUUGUCGUCCGAGGUUUUCGAGGCCCUAACUGACGUCUUGACCCGGCAUGCUCACGGAGCUCGUCGUCGUCUCCGCGGGCCUUCCGCCGGUGUCGUCUCUUCCUCCCCCUCCACCGAUGCUGCUCCGCCGCCUCCGCCGCGCAGGCAGGCGGCAGAGCCGUCGGGUUCAGCGGAGCCAUUCGAGUCGUCCGAGUCGGGCCAGGACGAGCCCGACACGAAACGGAGGAAGCUAAAGAGCUUGGGCUCGAGUGUGGUUCGGAGCGCUUCAGUUCUGGCUCGAACCUUAAUGGCUUGUGAGGAGAAGAGGGAGACUAGGCACCGCGAGUUGCUGGAACUCGAGGAGAGGAGGGUAAAAUUGGAAGAAGAGAGGACGGAAGUGAAUAGGCAAGCGGUGACAGGGCUGAUUUCGGCCGUUAAUGGGUUGUCGAAUGCCAUUCAUGCCCUCGUGUCCGAUCACCGCCGGGGGCAAAUGUAAAUACCAAAUUGAAACAUUCUUGAUCAUUCUUUAGUGGUUUAUUA